GCUCCCUGCCGCCCCUUCGACGACGCCUGGUGCGCCCGCGCGCCCGCCCAUGGCUGGGAAGGUGCUGUCGCUGCUGCCGCCGUUGCUGCUGGCCGCGGCGGGCCUCGCCGGGCUCCUACUGCUGUGCGUCCCCACUCGAGACAUCUGGGAGCUGCCCGCCCUCAAGUACGGCAUUGUCCUGGACGCCGGCUCCUCGCACACGUCCAUGUUCAUCUACAAGUGGCCUGCAGACAAGGAGAAUGACACAGGCAUCGUGGGCCAGCACAGCUCCUGUAAUGUACGCGGAGGGGGCAUCUCCAGCUACGCAGACGACCCUUCCAGGGCUGGCCAGAGUCUCGUUGAAUGCCUGGACCAGGCGCUUCAGGAGGUGCCCAAGGAGAGCCAUGUGCACACGCCCCUCUACCUGGGAGCCACAGCAGGCAUGCGCCUGCUCAACCUGACCAGUCCCGAGGCCUCGGCCAACGUGCUCGCGGCUGUGACCCGGACGCUGACCCGGUAUCCCUUCGAUUUCCGUGGCGCCCACAUCCUCUCGGGCCAGGACGAGGGGGUGUUCGGUUGGGUGACGGCCAACUACCUGCUGGAGAACUUCAUCAAGUAUGGCUGGGUGGGCCGGUGGUUCCGGCCAAGGAAGGGGACGCUGGGGGCCAUGGACCUGGGGGGCGCCUCCACACAGAUCACCUUCGAGACGGCCAGCCCAGCCGAGGAUCCAGCCAAUGAGGUCCGGCUGCGGCUCUAUGGCCAGCACUACUGCGUCUACACCCACAGCUUCCUCUGCUAUGGCCGUGACCAGGUCCUCCGGAGGCUGCUGGCUGGUGCACUCCAGACCCACGGCUUCCACCCUUGCUGGCCGAGGGGCUAUUCUACCCAAGUGCUGCUUCAGGACGUGUAUGAGUCUCCAUGUACCGCGGCCCAGCGGCCCCAGACCUUCAACAGCAGCACCCGGGUCAGCCUGGCAGGGAGCAGCGACCCUGCCCUCUGCCGUGGCCUCAUCUUAGGACUCUUCAAUUUCUCCUCCUGCCACUUCUCCCGAUGUUCCUUUAAUGGCAUCUUCCAGCCCCCAGUGGCUGGGAACUUCAUGGCCUUCUCUGCUUUCUUCUACACCGUGGACUUCCUAAGGUCUGUGAUGGGGCUUCCUGUGGCAACCCUGCAGCAGCUGGAGACAGCCGUAGUCGCCGUCUGCAACCAGACAUGGAGUCAGCUGCAGGCUAAGGCUCCAGGGCAGCGGGCCCGCUUGCCCGACUACUGCGCGGGGGCCAUGUUCGUGCAGCAGCUGCUGAGCCGCGGCUACGGCUUCGACGAGCGCGCCUUCGGAGGGGUGACCUUCCAGAGCAAGGCCGGGGACACCGCGGUCGGCUGGGCGCUCGGCUACAUGCUCAACCUGACCAACCUGAUCCCCGCCGAGCCGCCGGAGCUGCGCAAGGGCACAGACUUCAGGUCCUGGGUCGCGCUUCUCCUGCUUUUCGCCGCCAUGCUUCUGGCCGCCGUGGUCCUGCUGCUGCGCCAGGCGCGCUCGGCCGGGGCGUCGAGCGCCAUCUAGCGGCGGGCCGGGUCCCGGUUCCCCGUCCCACCCGUGACGCCUCCUCCCACAACGCUGCUCCGGCCGAGACUGGGGGCCGGGCCCACGGGGGACCGGGGUGGGCGAAGGGAGCCACCUCCGGCCCCUGCCUGCCUGCUGCAGCCUUCUCCAGCCUCCAAGGUCUCCUGCUCCUCCCCGCGCCCCCACGCCCCCCCCCCCCCCCCC